ACUCGAAAUAUUUUUCAGCAAAUAAAUGCAAGUCAAGACUUAAAUAUAUAGAGUGAUAGAGAAUUCCGAGUGCUAUUAGAAUAUAUAAUUACUUUCCUUAAAAUGUAGUUUUAUAUUGGCGAUAUAAUUCUACUGAUCCAAACGUGCAGAACUUAUGCGCCAACCGGAUAUAAAAGUUUCAACAACCAAGAGGAAGAUAACGACAAACAAAGACGCUUCAGGAAAAAAAGAAUAGGAAGAAAAAAGGACCACUGGGGUUUUAUUGAAAUGCAGCGAAGUAGUUGAGAAAUCUAUUUGCUCAUGCAAAACAUCUAUUAAAUAUUGAACAUAAUAAACGUAUCGUUGGGAUAGAUGCUGAGCGUAAAGUAUUAAAAUAAGGAGUUGAUGAACGAGACGAAUUUUUUCAUGAAGUAAUCUGGAAGCGUAGAGUAAUGUAGUAUUGUCUAAAGAGAAAUAUAACUAUAGUUAAUAGAUUAAGAUUUACUCAAUUAUUAAAUUAUUGGCACUUUGAUAUGAAUGGAUCUACAACGAGAUAAUGAAAAGUGAAAUAUAGAAACGUAUUCAUUUUACUUACUCUUCAUUAUUGUUUUCAUGAUUACUUUGUUUCAUUUCGAGCUUUCUUUUGACUUUUGAAUGUUUUAGCCCAAUAGUGACUAACAAUUGCUCUCUCACACUUCAUGUCAUCAGCUCUUUCAGCAACAAUCAUGAAUUACUUUGAAAUAGUGAAUACUGCUUCAGAAACUAUGAAUCGUGUAAUGAAACCGACAACAUAAAGGCCAAUUGCUAUAAGAGCAAGUAUGUUCCACAAGUUAGUAAUGAAGUUGCCUUUGAGCGUCUUACGAACUACCUAAGACAGAAAUGAUACAUGUGGAAUAUAUGAAUAAGAAAUUAUAUGAUUCAUUUCUCACUUGAUAUGUUUCUUCACAAAUCACACUCCAUAAACAUAUAUGAAGCAUGCUUUCUGGGAUAGGCACGAGUAAGUUAUAAUAGCCCGAUCGAGUUUCAUGAUAAAUAUGCAGCGGAAAGUAAUCAACAAGGUAAACAUAAUUGAAUAGGCCAAGAAAUACUAUGAAAAAUAUCUUAAAUAGUCAAAUGAAAAUUUCUUUUUUUUUGAUAUCCUAGUCAUUUUAUUCGAUACAAUUUACGUACUACAUUGUAAUAAAAUCGAACUAUGGGCGCGGCAUAAAAGUAGCCUAUCUUUUGAUACCAUUGAACACUACGAGGUUGAACUGGUUGAUAAGGCCUUGACUUAUUAAAGACAAAUCAACAUAAAUAUGUUCGAUAUUCAACAUUCUUACAAUUCUGUUGAGACGGUGUUAGCAUCAAAAUUUGUGCAUAACGAAGGCUGUACAGUUGUAGAAGACUGGAAAGACGAAAAAACAAUAAGAAUAUCAGAAUAAUAACAUGAAUUCUGAUGUGAAAUACCGUGUUAGAUCUUCUCAUGUAGGGUAAGAAGACAGAUCCAAAUGGAAGAAGUGGAAUAAAUAGUGUACAGAGGAAAACCUAAAUAAUAGAACUUCUUUACAUUUUCUAUAGGGAAAAGUACAUUGAAAUAUUCACUCGAAAGUCGAUCCAUAUGAGGUGAUAAUUGAUAGGACCAAACCUGUACAUAUAGGCUUAUUAUUGAGAUUUCGAUAUAGAAGAGUCUCAAAACACAUAAGUGAUGUUCAUUAUGAAGAUUGUGACAAAGAAAGGACUCCGAAAUUCAUGGAAAGUUUUCUUUCACAGAAUAGUUUUUCUAUAUUAAAUAUGAAAGAUCUUACCAUAAAUUAUUCAGAUAUCUUUGAACACAUGGUGAUGCUAUAAAUUUUCGACAAUUAGCCUCGCAUGCACGUUUCAGUGGAUGAGCAUUGUAAAAAGUUGCAAUCAGACCCUUGAGAAGUUUAAUUGCAAACAUUUUGUUAUUGUCAAAACAGUGAUCAAUAAUUGAUCUUGCAUAAGCAUCAAAAGUCCUACAAGAAAUACCAAUGUGAACUAUUGUUCGAUUGCGGUGGAAUUCACAAAUCUUACUCAGCUGUCACAUGGUAUUUUUCUUUUAGUUCCGAAUUUAGUGUGCUGCUUCUAGCUCUUUGAUAGAUCCAGGCAGCAAUCAAUGGAGCUAUCAAUGGAUUCUAAAACCGAUGAGUGAUGCAAGAAUUAGCGACGAUCUUCCUUCACUAACAUAGAUACGUUUCCGAGUAUUCAUUCGCUUUUGAGUCGAGACUAUAUGCAUCAUAUGGAGUCCAAUGAGCUAUUCAUAUUCUGAAAAGGUUCAUCCUCCGUAGCUGAAUUUGGAAUUUUGGCUUAAAACUUUGCACGGAUAAAGUUCAAAGUGAAAAUAGUUUAUGGUGAAAGGGUGUGGGUGUGGGUGUGAGGUGUGGAGAUGAAAAGAGACGGACCAAAACCACACUCACACUCCACACACCCACAUCCACCCACACCCUACCCCCACACCCCCACCCCCACACCCACACCCGGGAGCUGCCGCUUCCGGAGUUGCUUUAGUUGCAACAGGUGCUGGGGAAGGUGCAGUUGCAGGAGGAGCAGCGGGAGUAGUCACAACGGCUGUUGCAGGUGCAAGUGCAACGGCAGCAACAGUAGCUGGUACAACAGCAGGCGGUGGAGUUAUGGGUGCAGUUGGUGGCGUGCUUGCAGGUGGUACAGCUGGCGUAGCAGCAACCAGUGCAGCUACAGGAGCAGCUACUGCUGCAGCAGUUUCAUCCGCUAGUGCUGGAGCUGCUAGUUUGGGAACAGUGGCUGGUAUACUAUCUGGUCCAGUUGGUUGGCUUGCCCUUGGUACAUCAAAAGAAGAACAACUGCCUAGUGUUUAUACGUUUGAUUGUUGGAAAUUAGUUUUACAUGAUGAUUCACGUGAACCUUCAAAUGGAAGAUUAUUGAGAGACGUUGCCUUGGAUACACGUAUGAAACAAGUAACAAUAACCAACAGUCAUACCGAUCUACCGAAUUUGGUUUUACAAAAUAUAUGGGAUGAAGAGUUUCGUAUUGAAUACAUUUAUUUGCUUGAUGACCAACUGACUGCUCAUGCUGUUAAAAUAUAA